GCGACCCACCCCCGCGCGGCGGCGCCAGGUGAGUAGAACCAGGGUCCCGGGGUUCGCCCCCCACUUUCCCCAACUUUUUGUUUGGCCCCUCCCUCAGGAAGGGCCCCGGGGGCCGGGAGCCCGAUCCUCGCUUUCCGGGGGGCCACACACUCGGAAUGUGGGCGCGGGCGGAGGCGGGAAUCCGGAGUGCAGGGGACCCGGCCCCGAGCAACUUUCCGCGACCUGGGACCUUCGGACUGUGUCUCCAAGUUUCUGCCUCCCUGGGGUCCCCAGCGUCGACUCACGCCCUCCAGGGUCUAGGGGUCUCGGAGCGUGUCCCCAUCCCUCUGCACGCCUCUGCCUCCCUCCCGCAGGGACGCGCAGGGGCUCAAGGGUGACCUUUCCGGAGGUGGGGCUGGGGCGCCAGCUCUGGCCUGGGGUGAGUGGUCACUUCUCCCGUUUCGGGCUGGGGUGAAGGCUCCACACGCAGAGACCAGGGGGAAACGAGCCUCACUUCCUCCCAGGACGCUCCGGUGGCUGUGCCGAGAAGUGCCCAGCGUUGGGCUGGGGUCCGGAGCCCCGGCGUCGGGUCCUUGGGUGGCAGUGUGACCCCGGCAGGCCCCUCCGCCUCUUUGGGCCGCAGUUUCCGUCUGUAAAAACCAGGCUUUGAAUGCGGUAGACGCUGCGGCUCUAUCUAGGCCUGGGCCUUCAGCGCUCCUGUUCGAGGCAGGGAUGGGGUGUCCUGCUUUAAGCUUCGGGGUGCGGAUGGGAGUGAGUAGGUAGUACGGCCUCUUCCCUGGGGUCUCGGCUACGGGUUCCAGCGCCGGAGCUGUUUAGAAAGCAGACUGGGGAGUGAGGGCGCACCACUGGACAGCGAGGUCCUAGCCUCCUCUCCGGCGGCCCUGGGCGCCCGGGCGGGGGCCCCGUUUCCUCCCACACCCUCCCUUCCGUGGGGGCCACACCACGCGCAGCCCGGCUACUCGUGCCCGGGUCGGGAUGUAGUCCUCAGGCUGCAGGCCGGGCCGCACCAGCAGCCGGGAGGAGCUUAAGCCGGGCGGCCCGCACCCUGGGGCGGCCUGAGGUGCAGGGGCGGUGCUGCUCCGGCCGGGACGCGGGCCACUGAGGCCUCGGGCGGAGGAGGCCGGAAAGGAGGCCAGGCGGCGGGAAAGGGGGAUGAUUCAUCCAAAGGAGCCCGAAUUGGAAACGCUGCAACCUGGGAACAGCCUUGCCCGGGCCGAUGGGAGAGCCAGGAGGCGAGUUCGCCCGGCGAGGCCCUGCGCCCAGCACCGGCAGCCCCCUGCCUCCUGCCCUGACCACAGCCCUGCCGAUGGGGGAGAGGGAAGCCUCUUCUGCGCCGAGUUUAAAGAAAUCCUGGGCAAAGUCUGUCUCUGGUCACGGUCAGAGCGGUCUUCCCGGAGUCUAGCUCAAGUCUCUCCUGCUGCAGCUUCAGUGCUGACUGAGGAGGUCUGGAAGGAGGGGGCGGGCAGGAAGAGGCUGGAAGCUGUGACACCCCCUCCUUCCUACGCUGCGGUAGGUAAAGCGCAGUAGGGGGGAGGUGGGGCCCGCGAGCGACCCCAGCGGACCCGGGCGGUCUGCGCACCCCCUCCUGUUUUUACUACGGUGCAGCCACGUGCGGGGGUGAGGUCGAGCCCGGGCGGCACUUACCCUGGAGACGCCGUUGCCGGGCGCCCCCACACCUCCCGAGGCUCGGGAUCCGCGGGCUGGCGAAGAGGGCGCAGGCGGCCGGAGCCCCGCAGCCGAGGAUGCGCCAGGGAGCAGCCCGCGCCCCCUCCCUCCGCUCCGCCCGCGGGCCCAGCCAACUCGGGCUUCUGCCGCGCGUCCCUGGCUCGGAGCUCCGCUGCGGAAAACCCGAGCGGGGGCGGCUCCCCGCCUCGCCGCCCGGGAAAAUCCGGGGGUGGCCGCCAGGGAUCUCCAAGCGUCCUGGGCGAGGCAGCACGAUCUUCCCUCCGGGAUUUGGGCCCCCAACCUGGCUCUCCGACCCUAGGCCCGUCGGUUCAGUCCCUGCCUCCCAUCUUCUCUCCGCAGAGCGCUCAGACGACGGCGAGAUGACGGCCGGGAGCCCCGGAGACUGCGGGGAGGUGCGGAGGAGCCCCGAGGGCCGCGUCUCUCGCCUGGGCCGCCGCCUGGGCCGCCGCCGGCGCCCGCGCUCCCCGCCCGAGCCUCUGCGGGUGCGGGCGCGGCUGCGGCUGCGCUCGCCGUCGGGGGCGUUCGCGGCGCUGGGCGCGCUCGUGGUGCUGGUGGGCAUGGGCAUCGCGGUGGCCGGCUACUGGCCGCAUCGCGCCGGGGCCCCAGGUCCCCGGGCCGCCAAUGCCAGCGCGCCCCCGCUGAGCGAGCUUCGGCGCGAGGGUCGCGGCGCCGGCCGGGCCCACGGCCCUCACGAGCGGCUGCGGCUCCUUGGGCCGGUUGUCAUGGGCGUCGGCCUGUUUGUGUUCAUCUGCGCCAACACGCUGCUCUACGAGAACCGCGACUUGGAGACGCGACGGCUUCGCCAAGGGGUGCUGCGGGCUCAGGCGCUCCGGCCCCCCGACGGCCCCGGCUGGGACUGCGCUCUCCUCCCCAGCCCCGGCCCCAGGACUCCCCGAGCCAUAGGCUGCGCAGAGCCAGAAGGUUGGGACCUGUCCCCGCGUCGGGGUACCUCACCCGUCCCGUCAGUGCGGAGCCUGCGUUCAGAGCCUGCUAAUCCUCGCUUGGGGUUACCUGCCCUGCUCAGCAGUUACCCGCUGAAGGGCCCGGGGCUGCCCCCACCCUGGGGUCCACGGACCCAGACUGGCCAUGUGAUUAUCACCGUCCAGCCCUCUGGUUCCUGCAUCGAACAUUCCAAGUCUCUGGAUCUGGGCCUUGGGGAGCUGCUGCUUGGGGCCUCAGCAGCUCGGGACUGUGCCCACAGAAGCUGGCCACGGCUGGACCGCCUCAGUCUGGGGAGUUAUGCCAAGCUGGGAAGAGGAGGGGACUUGGGGGCCCGGGUUUGAGGAGCAGGGGACAGCCUGCCGUGAGGUUGCAGCAUGGACCAUGGUAACAGGACCAGGAGUCCCAAUGUCUAGUAGAUGCUUCAGUCACAUCCCAGACUGAGGACCGAUGCUCUGGCCCCAGCAGCUGCUAAGGCAUCCUGACUUGCAUGUCGGCAGAGAACUGCCAACUGCACAAGGGUUCAAUAAGCUGGAGAGAAUGUCUUUUAAUGUGGAGUCUGGAGACCUGCAUGACUCGGCCUCAGGAAUUCCUUCAGCCUCCAAAAGUGGCCUUAGCCCUGGACAGGUACCUGAGGGGGCUGGAGGCCCAGGCCAGGGUGAUUGGGAGAUGCACUUGGUGUAUUGGCAAACCCAAAGCGGUGGGCAAGGAAUCCUAAGACUUGGAAGGUAGGUUGGCAUGUUUCAGGCUGGGGCAGGCUCCCUCCAAGGUGGCACUGGUGGUGGGGUUUGGGCCUCCGGGAAGAUGGGCGGUGGGGUAGAGUUGAGACCCUCCACUGCCAUCUGGGAUGGGACUGAGCCUUUAGCUCCCACCACCUCACCCCCUUUCCUCCUUCAGCCAUGCAGGGUUCAUCCCACCGGGGCUACACUACUGCCUACGCCUUCCUACUGAUGGUCGGGGUCCCCCAGUCAGGUCUGAGAAGCCCCCUUCUCUCCUUCGUUGUGGCCUAUGCUGCAGAAUCUCCCUUCAGUUGGCAAAAAGCAUUUGCCAGUUCUCAGAAAUCCUUUUAUACAACGUUGAAGCUGCAUUUGGGCUGAUGUGGGUAGCUUACUUUAGAAAAUGGCUUGAUUUUUGGUCUCCCCCACCCUUGUUUAAUUUUUCCCAAAUUGCUGGUAGAGAAAGAGAACUUUAAAAGUCAAUCCUCACAGAUUCAGUCUGUUUUUUUAAGUUUAUUGAAAAAUGCAAAACAAGAAGCAAGACCAACGCAUAACUAAACACUACAACCACUUCUCUUACUACCAAGGCCAGAACAGCAGACUGAUUAUUGCCUACUUAAUCUAAGGAUUUUGCCAAUUUGAUUCUGCUGCCAUAGUUCCUAUUUUGUCAAGAGAUGUAAACAACUACUUGAUAUGAUUCAUAAUUUUUUAAAAAUUUACAAAGCUCCUUCAUUUUUGUCAUCAAAAUAAUAUAUUUGAGAGAGAUUUGUAAAAACCACCAGCCUGGGGCUGAGAUCCUGGGCAGAUAUUUCCCAUGAGCAUUCCUUGGUGUUGGUCAGGCCAUAGCUCUGGCGUCACUUCCCAGGGUGACUGUUGUCCCCUCAGCUGCCCUGCAGAACACAUGG